AGACAACAGGAACAGCGGUGUCGAUACAGUCCCCAACCCCAUCUGCACCCCCGGCUGUCAUCUUCUUCCCCGCCCUCGCCCUCGCCCCAGCUAACCGCUCGCCCCAACCGCGGCGCCACCCAUCGCACAGUGGCCGUGUGCGGUGGGGUGGUUCUGCGAGGCUAUGGCGAUGGCGAGGAGGCAGCACAUCACAAUAUUCACCACGGCGAGCCUGCCGUGGAUGACCGGCACUGCUGUCAACCCCCUGUUCCGGGCGGCUUACCUCGCCAAGGCUGGGGACUGGGAGGUCACGCUGGUGGUGCCGUGGCUGUCCAAGGGGGAUCAGAUGCUGGUUUACCCUAACAAGAUGAAAUUCAGUGGGCCGGCGGAGCAAGAAGGCUAUGUGCGGCGGUGGCUUGAGGAGCGGACUGGGCCGUUGCCGAGAUUCAACAUAAAUUUCUAUCCUGGGAAGUUCUCGACGGAGAAGAGAAGCAUUCUACCUGUUGGGGAUAUAACUGAGACGAUAUCUGAUGAAAAAGCAGAUAUUGCAGUUCUAGAAGAGCCAGAACAUCUGACCUGGUACCAUCAUGGACGGAGGUGGAAAAACAAAUUUCGUAAAGUUAUAGGUGUUGCUCACACCAACUAUCUGGAAUAUGUGAAGAGGGAGAAAAAUGGUUACAUUCAUGCAUUUCUCUUAAAACAUAUCAAUUCUUGGGUCACCGACAUCUAUUGCCAUAAGGUUAUAAGAUUAUCGGGAGCAACUCAGGAAGUCCCGAGAUCUGUAAUUUGUAAUGUUCAUGGAGUAAACCCGAAAUUUAUUGAAAUUGGCAAAUUAAAGCAUCAGCAAAUAUCUCAAAGAGAACAAUCAUUCUUCAAGGGUGCAUAUUAUAUUGGAAAGAUGGUCUGGAGUAAAGGCUACACAGAGCUGCUUCAGCUGCUUCAGAAGCACCAAAAGGAAUUGUCUGGUCUCAAGAUGGAGCUGUAUGGCAGUGGAGAAGAUUCCGGUGAAGUUAAAGCAUCAGCUGAGAAACUCAGUCUGGACGUUAGAGUCUAUCCUGGCCGCGACCAUGCAGAUUCAAUAUUUCACGACUACAAGGUUUUCAUAAACCCAAGCACAACAGAUGUAGUUUGCACCACAACUGCAGAAGCCUUGGCGAUGGGAAAGAUUGUGAUCUGCGCAAACCAUCCUUCAAAUGAAUUUUUCAAAAGAUUUCCCAACUGCCACAUGUACAGCACGGAGAAAGAGUUUGUGAGGCUAACCAUGAAAGCACUGUCAGAAGAGCCGAUCCCACUGACCGAGGAACUGAGGCACGAGCUUUCCUGGGAGGCAGCGACAGAGAGGUUUGUCAGGGUUGCCGAAAUCGCACCAGCCACGCCCGCCAAGCAACAUCCUUCCACUUCACAGCGUUUCAUGUACAUCAACCCGGAUGAGCUGAAGAAGAACAUGGAAGAGGCGUCGGCAUUCUUUCACAACACCAUCUCUGGGUUUGAAGCCGCCCGUUGUGUGUUUGGGGCGAUACCGAACAGCCUGCAGCCCGAUGAACAGCAGUGCAAGGAGCUCGGGUGGAGACCCCAGGGAUUAUAGCCUUUCCACCUCCAUGCUGUUGGCAUCGACCAUACAAGUUUACAACUAAUCGCAGCCCAGUUGGGGGGCUGAGGAAACUAACUCUGAAACGGAAACAUGUGUGCUCUGAAAGGGAUUACCGUUUGACAGGCCCUUGCUUUGCUCUCUUUCUGGUGUGAUGAAACUGCAGUUUUCCUUGGUGGCGUCCAUCAGAUCUGUAUCUGGCGAUUGUGAAGUCUACCAGCAGGUGAGGAGUGCUCCUGUAAGUACAAAGUUGAAGCGCUCGGCAGUGCGACGGUCUCAUCGUCAGGUGGCAUACAAAUUCCGCAAGAAGUAAGCUGAUGGAGGCCGGAGUGAAGCUAGUGAGUGAGGUGGUAGAAGAAAUUUUCAAAGCAGCGUAUGGGUGGCGCCUGAAGACUGGGAGGAUCGAAGGGUAACUGAAGCCCUCCCUGCUGUGAUGGAAAAAUCUUGGCUCCUGCCUUUUCAUGCUGGCUUCGCUUCAUUUUGCUGAUGUUCAGACUAAGUGGAUGACCCUGUAAUAUUGUGUCUGCUAUAAAAUGGUAGUUUCUCUUUGUAGCCUCUGUUCUUAUAACAGAGUCUGUUGCCGCUCUGGGGCUGGAUUCUUCUGAAUCUAGACCUUGAACCAUUCUUGUAGGUUCUCUCCACUGUCUUUGGGCUUCGGGGAGGAGAAGGGAUGGCUUCUCCUCCUUCCUCAAUGUGGCAGUAGGUUGAUCCGUUAGAAGAGUGGAGUUUCGUGUUGAGGGGAGUGUGUUCCUUUUUUCUUUUUUCUGUAGCAAGACUUGGUGAUUUUUGUUAAUGGAAAUCGGAGAGAGUGCUCUCUUUUAUCAAAAAAAAGAAAAAAACUACUAGUCCA